CCUCACCGCCCGGCAGAAAAGCCUCUUCAGCCUCCGCCACGCAACAAUUAAAUACGUGCACUCCUCCGCUCGAAACCGCGUCGAUCGUGCUCGUCCGUGCGCGCAGCAAAACGCCACCACCACCACCACCGCAUCCCCAACACCUCACCUCACCUCCUUACACCAUAGGCGUGCGUGCGUGAUGAACACCACGUCCGCGAACGAGCUGAUGAUGCACCGCCACGUCCAGGCCGCGCCCUACGCGGCGGCGCCGCAGCAGCAAGGAGGCAAGCAGCGUGCGCCGGGGCUGCCACCGACGCCUCCACCUCCACCUGCGGCGGCGAGCUCCCACUCCUCUCACGGCGACGUGUGCAUGGACGACACGGCGCGCGGCGGGCUGCUGCCGCCGCGCAAGGCGCACCGGAGGUCACGCAGCGACGUGCCGUUCGGGUACUUCCAGCCGCUGCCACCGCCGUCGCCCAAGAUGGAGGCCGGCGGCGGCUGGGCACUCCCCGGGUGCGGCGGCGCCGGCGACGUCGACCUGCUCAAUGCGUACAUGAGCUUGGAGGGAAUGGGCGGCGCCGACGGGCUGAACAACUCCGACGGGGACAGCCGCGGGAGCAGCAUGCGGACGAACGGCGCCGACAGCAGCGAGAACGAGUCCGAGGACUACGUCGGCGCCGACAGCCAGGCCCUCCUCUGGGGCGGCGCCGGCGGCGGCGAGGCUGCGGGCAAGAAGAGACGGAAUAACGCUGCCGGCGAGAAGGCGGCCCGGCACGCGAGGAGCCUUUCCAUGGACAGCCUCAUGGGGAAGCUCAGCUUCGCCGCCAAUGGUGAGCCGGCCAAGUUCAGCCUGGAGUUCGGCAGCGGCGAGUUCACCCCCGCCGAGAUGAAGCGGAUCAUGGCCGACGAGAAGCUCGCCGAGAUGGCACUCGCCGACCCAAAGCGCGUAAAGAGGGUGCUCGCCAAUAGGCAGUCGGCGGCGAGGUCCAAGGAGCGGCGGAUGCGGUACAUUGCAGAGCUGGAGCAGAAAGUGCAGAUCCUGCAGACGGAGGCCACAACCCUCUCCGCUCAGCUGACUCUUUUGCAGCGCGACUCGUCGGGAAUGGCCACGCAGAACAACGAGCUCAAGUUCAGGCUGCAGUCCAUGGAGCAGCAGGCGCAGCUACGCGAUGCAUUGAACGAGGCACUGACAGCUGAGGUGCAGCGCCUGAAACUCGCGGCGAAUGAGGUCUGCGACACGAGCUCGUCCAGCAACCUAGCACACCAAAUCCAGCUCCGCUGUCAGAACCAGAUGCUUGAUCUGCACAAGCAGCAGCAGCAGCAGGUUGAGCAGAUACCAUUCUAUCAACUGGAACUGCCAGAGCAGCAGAAUGGCACGGCGAGGAAUCACGAGUCCAAAUGAUUGUUCGCGGGGACUGCGUCUAGGUGCUCAUCAGGGCCAUACAGAAAAAAUGUCACUAGUAGAAAUUUAGACGAUCUGAAGAAAUUCCUUUUCCUAACCCAUUUGUUUUCAGCAUUGAUGUCUCCGUAAAUUUGCUUGUGUAACUUGUAUGUCCGGGCAAACACCCAGUAAUAUUCUGAAUGUUCUUCGUUCUUUCACAACCACCUGUUUGUCAGUCACCAAACUGCCUCCACCCCCACCAAAAACUAUCAGAACACAUCGAUUUGUUCAAUGGGGGACGAAACGAUUGAAGUCUUCUGGAAGAAAAAAAAAUUCCCCCAGUUUGUGUUGUUCGGAUCUUUGAUAUUCGAAUAAGGACUAGUUUGAAACAAUCCGACCGAUUGUGGACGACUUUGCGAAUUCUGGCGGAAUAGUUGGACGCUACCAGUAAUACAAAUCAAGGACUAGUAUGCAAAGAAGACAUUAACCGCGUGCCCAUCCUGAGGCCGUCGGAUCCCCUUCCAUGCCGAUCGAGCGGUUCCGAUGGAGCAGCGGAGACGGAACGCGAUAGUCUCGAUCGAGACAGAGCCCGGCGCCGCCGUCGCCGUCGCCGUCGCUGCUACUAAAUCUGCUCGCCGCCACGGUGCCGCCGCUUGGUGAGGUUUGGGAUCCAGAUCGAGCAGGGUCAGCGCCUUCAUCCGGCGGACGGCGCCCGUCGCCAGGGUCUCCGGGAAGGUCGCCGCCUUUUAGCCGGGGUUGAGAUAGCUAGCUUUAGAAUUUUUUUUGUUUCGGUGCCCCCGCGUCGCUCCCAGGGCAGGGGCGACACGGGAGGCGACUCAGCCGCCGCCGCCGCACCACCCCCACCGCCCUUCUUCCACCUCGCCACCGGAAACCGCACGGCCGCAAGGACGGCGGCGGCGGGGCCUCCUCCCCCCCCCCCCCCGAGGUCGCGGCGUUCGGAGCCCACGACCCCGACCUAGCUCCGGGGCGGCGACUUCGGCGGCUGUGACGUCGAGCUCGACGGUGGCGCAUGGCUUUGGCGAGGUGGCGGUGUCGACGACGGUUGAAGAGGUAGAUGACCGGGCCGACAACGACGAGAAGGCGGUGCUGGCUCCUACGCUCUCCUGCGCGGAUCUGGUGCGGGGGGAUGGAUCCCGAGCCGCCGCCGGCGGUGAUGCGCGUGGAGGCGGCGGAGGCGGCAGGGUGGCCGGAUCCAGCCCCCUCCUGUCCGGAUCCGGCGCGGGAGGCCAAGCUCCGGCCCCAGGCAGCGAGGCGGCGGGGGCGCGCGGUGCUGGGCGGCGGUGGCGGAAGGCGGCGGGGACGGAGCUGGCCGAGGGCGCGGCGGCGGCGGCGGCGGCAGUGCCACCCAGAUCCGCGCCUCUCGGCCGGAUCUGGAGGGUGGCGGCAGUUGGCAACGGCGGCGGUGGUGUGGCGACGAUGGUGGCGACAGUUGGCCGGCGGCAGGUGGCGAUGGCGGUCUCGGCCGGAUCUGGACGCCGGCAGCAGUUGGCGACGACAACCGUGGUGUGGUGACGGCGGCGGCGGCAGUUGGCGACGAUGGCGGCGGUCGUGGAUGUGGUGGCUGCCGUGCCAACUGGCGGCGGCGGUGGAAGACAUGGCAUCGGGCAGCUAGCUGCUCGGUGGUGGAGGGCGACAGCGCAGCGGCGGUUUGCGGAGGCGGUGGUUGGCGUCGGUGGCAGCGGCACCGGUGGCUGCGACUCUGGAGGCGGUGGCGACGUCGACGGCGGGGAAGGAGUCGGGUGCGAGGUGAGGAUGACGCCAGCGAGGUGGCUGGGUGUUCGGCAGCAGCGACUACGGUGGUGGUGACCGUGUUUGCGGUCACCGGAGGCAUGGCGGCCUCGGUUGACUAGCCGAGGGUGUGGGAGACGGCUGCAUCUGGUCGGCGCGGCAUCGUUCGGUGGAGGGGUCGGAGACCGGCUUGGCGCAGAGAAGCGUAACCGAUGGCAGCGGAGGCCGGCUCGGCGCGAGAGGCGCGGGCGGCGGAGAUGGAGGCCGGCUUGGCACAAGAGGCGCGGCCGAUGAAGGGAGGCCGGAUUGGCGCGAGAGGCGCGUCCGGUGGAGGAGGCUGGCUUGGCGCAGAGAGGCGCGGCCGGCGGUGGAGGAGGCGACCUAGGUGUGAGGAGGAGCUGCCGGUGGGUGUGGCGCGGCCUUCGGCGCACGAAGGCUGGCCAGCGGGGGACGUCGGUGAAGGGGUCCCACAUGUCGGCAAAGCUUGUGUGGUGGUGGAGCAUCGGUGCGUCAGCCAUGGUUUCGAUCUCGUAUGUGCCCCUUUGUUGGCCUAGUGGCGGUCGGUCACGCUUAGCGGCGGCCGAUCCGGUGCUAGCCUUCUCCUAGGCGUGUGUGUUGGCGAUGUCGGCACGUGGGUGGUGCUAUUUUUUUUUCCUUUUCCUGGUUAAGACUCUCCGGGGUUGUAAUCUUAUAAUUUUUUUCUGCUCUAUCAAUAUCAAUAGAACUUCGCAC